AUGAAGAUCAAAGUUAGAGAGAGGACCCUGGACUCUCGUGAAUUCAUGUGCUCCCUCUCUGUGUCGACACGAGGUACAACGGAGCAAAAGGUACGCUGGGCGUUCAGCAUUUACGACGUCAAUGGCGACGGAUUUAUCACGAAGCAAGGAAUGUUUCUAAUAGUGAACGCGUUGUACAAAACAAUGGGUGACAAUCCGGAAGAAACCGAAGGCAUUCCGAACUGGGACGAACUCAAACCCAAAGAACGCACGCUGAAGGUUUUCCGCACCUUCGAUUCUAAUGGAGACGGUGUUUUAUCGUUGUCGGAAUUCAUCGAAGGAGCGAUGAACGACAAAACUCUUGCGCUUAUUCUAGAGCAAGGGGCCAAGAAAACAUGA